AUGGCGGUACAUUCGCUUUCGCCUCUCUUCUGUCUUAGUUACUGGAAUCGAGAAAAUAAUACCUGCCACUGCCUGACGACUGAUUCGGGUUCAUUGGCUCCUCUGGUGGCGCAUCCUUUGGAGCCUCCGCAUAUCGACCCUCCUGACUUUCCCAGAAAGCCGGAUGGCCAUUGUCGGAUACAUCGAGAAGAGUGCCUGCGCAAUCGAAUUGGAUGGGAGCAUCUCCGAGAGUCGCUCCACGUUCUGAUCACAGCGAGCGAUUACACGAGAGCACGCUGCGCCAGGAAGCUGGCCGUUGGAGUGAAUCGUAUCAUGCCUGUGCUUAGCACUGACAACGACGAGCUGAAGAGCCAGCAGUUUAUCCAGCUCGCCAUCAUAAACGGAACCUAUCGGCACACACGGGUGCGGUAG